AGGAGUUUUGAGCAACGAGACACCUUCCUAAGGGGGAUUUUGAAGGAGAGGAGGAUGCAACAGCCACCGCCAGUGAUAAAUGGUGGGGGACCGAGGCAGCCACAGCCCCACCGGUUCCCCGCCACCCCUCCCGCAGGGCCUCCCAUGGGCAUGAAGCCUCCCGGGCCAGGCAUGGCACCCCCAGUAGGCCUCCCAAGACUCAAUGGGCCCCUCAUGAAUGGCCCACCCUCAGCCCCACCUACAAGGGCACCACUUGUCAAUGGCCAGAUGGGACCUCCUCCUCCAGGACCCCCUAUGGGACCUCCAGCGGGACCUCCCACCCGGCCGCCCCUGGGUCCCCCUACCCAGCCGCCACUAGGACCCCCACAGAGACCCAUGGGUCAACCCCCUAUACCCAAUGUGCCUCCCUCUGGCCCAGCUGCCAAGCUACCCACGGGGCCCAACCUGGUGGCCUCUGGACCCCCCAGUCCUUUGUUGAAUGGACACCAAAGGCCUUUGCCGCCCACCAAUCUCCCAGAGCCACUCUCUAACCGAUCAUCUAACCGGUCCUCUCGCCAGCCUUCCCCCAUCCCUACUCCUCAGCUUGAUCGCAUGGAGAUGCAGGCCACGCCUGACUCGGGCCACACACCCAGUGGAUCCAUGACGAAUCUGAGUGAAGCAUCUAGCAUGGGCUUGCUAAACCCAAAGUCUGCGGGCAGCUCAGGGAAGAGCACUCCUAGGAUGCCCUCUCCCAGCAUCCCAGGAAGUGGGGGUACAGCUGCCCCUACUAGUAGUGCCCCUGCCAAUGUGCCUCCCUCCUCCCAACCUGCAUCUAGUGAACAAGCUGCCAGUGGUUCCUAUGUUAACAGUGUGUCCUUGGACAGAACUGUGAAGCCUCAGCUUCCAAGUGGUGCUCAAGUGAUGAAUGGACCGCAGACUGAUGUGCAUGGGUCAGAGUUGCCAAAAACUUUUCCUCCCACCUCCAGUGCAGUAUCAUCACAGGUCAACAGCAACCCCUCUCUGAAACCAGAAACUAGUGCGCCAUCUCUUGUCAGGCCCCCAGUGAUUGGUGGUCAGAGUGUUCCUCCUUCCAAUGGCCCACCAUCAACUACAGCUCCUUCAGUUUCCAGUGUCCCCACUAGUGCUCCUCAGUUUAAUGGUCCUCCAGUUAGAAGUCCCAUGUUUGGUAGUGGACAGCCCAGUAUCCCAGGACAGUUUGUGCCACAACAUAAUAAAGUGUAUCCCCCUGCAGGGUCUUUAGCCCAACCCUCUCGACCAACAGGCCCUACUAUGAUGCCAAGGGGACCACAACUGCCUAUGGGUUCUGUACCUACUUCCAUGGGGCAACCACCAACAUCAUUGAGCAUGAGUUCAUUUCCAACAUCAGUGAGCCAACGCCCACCAAUGUCAAUGGGUGUGGGUCCUCCACCAUCUGGAAUGGGUGGUCCUAAAGCAGGUGGUCCUCCACCCAUGUCAAUGGGUGCACCACCAACGUCAAUGGGUGCACCAACGUCAAUGGGUGCACCACCAACGUCAAUGGGUGCACCACCAACGUCAAUGGGUGCACCACCAACGUCAAUGGGUGCACCACCAGCGUCAAUGGGAGCACCACCAACAUCAGUGGGAGCACCACCAACAUCAAUGGGUGCACCGCCAACAUCAAUGGGUAUGCCACCUUCAAUGGGUCCUACACCUACGUCUAUGGGUGCACCUCUAUCAAUGGGCCCUCCACCUACAUCUAUGGGUGUACCCUCAUCUAUGGGCCCUCCACCUGUAUCUAUGGGUGCACCUCCAUCAAUGGGUCCUCCACCCACUUCAAUGGGUGCUCCACCAGUGGGCUAUCAACAACCUCCCAGAAUGCCAAACCAAUCCCAACACAAUGCUAUGCAAGGGACCAUGCCCUGGUAUCCUAAUCAGCCACAACCAGCACAGAAAUAUCCCCCUCCCCCCAGGCCAGGAGCACCACCGGGUGUGAACCAGCUAUCACAGCAUCUGGGUGGUCUGUCGGUGACACGUGAAGGCUGGAAUAAAGGUUGGGGGACACAGCAGAUCAACCUUCUACAGGAGCGGCAGAUCCUACCCCCUGAGGGUGUGGUGCCUCCAAAGCCAGUGUUGGUUCAAGAGUAUUUGCCUAAUUGUUCACCAGACAUCUUCCGGUGUACACUAACAAAAGUUCCAGAGACAAAGUCAGUGCUGCAGAAGUCCCGGCUACCCUUUGGGAUACUCAUUCAUCCGUUCAAGGACUUAGAGCAUCUGCCUGUUGUAAGCUGUAACACGAUAGUGCGCUGCCGAUCAUGUCGCACAUACAUUAAUCCCUUUGUUGUAUUCAAAGGGGAGCGAAGAUGGGAGUGCAACCUUUGUUUUAGGGUUAAUGACCUACCAGAGGAAUUUCAGUAUGACCCAGUCAGCAGGACGUAUGGAGACCCAUCAAGACGGCCAGAGGUGAAGGAGGCCACGAUAGAGUUCAUUGCCCCACAGGAAUACAUGCUGCGGCCACCACAGCCAGCCACUUACCUCUGGGUGUUGGACGUGUCUCGUCAAGCCGUUGACACUGGUUAUCUUAAGAUUGUAUGCGACACCUUGCUUGCACAGCUGGACAAGAUCCCAGGUGACAGGCGAACCAUGAUUGGCUUUAUCACUUUCUCCAACAAUGUCCAAUUUUAUCUGAUGGGUGAAGACCAAAAGAGUGUACAGAUCCUAGAGGUUGGGGAGGUGUCAGACAUGUUUGUCCCAAAUCCUGAGGACCUGCUUGUUAACCUUGAGCAAAGCCGCACAUUAAUAGAAGAAUUGUUAUCAAAGCUGCCUGAGUCGCAGGCUGGGACUGUCCAGACGCAGUCGGCACUUGGCCCAGCCCUUCAAGCAGCUUACAAACUAAUGAGUCCCAUAGGUGGUCGCAUCACAGUUAUGACAACAACACUACCCUCAGUUGGCCCAGGUGCACUUCAGCCACGAGAAGACCCCAACCAGAGGGCAGGGAGUGAUGUCCAGAACAUGGGUCCAGCCACUGACUUCUACAAAAAGCUUUCCCUUGACUGCUCUGGCCAACAGCAGGGGUGGGCCAAGUGCGACUGCGUCUGGACAGUCCCAGCCGCGACUCAGGCAGCUUGA